AUGGUGUACGACUCCAAGGACGACUACUCUGAGAAAGAGUUCGGCAGCGGGGUACUUACUCCUCGAUCGCUGCCGCCGCACGAGACCGAGGCCACUGACCGCGAUCCAGAGGAGAUUGCUAUCGAACGUGUAGCCACCGCCCUCGACGAUGAGACCAAGGACACCACGACCGCCGCCGCCGCCAAGAGGGUCCUCUCCAAGGUCGUGACGGCCAGGUCUGCCGCCUCGAUCCGGGAUCCCGGCCCUCCUCCCGACGGCGGUCUGCUCGCCUGGACACAGGUGCUCAUGGGUCACAUCUGCAUCAUGAACACCUGGGGAUACAUCAAUUCCUUCGGUGCCUUCCAGACCUACUACACCUCCACGCUGGGCGUUCCCAGCUCGCAAAUCUCCUGGAUCGGGACCAUCCAGGUUUGGCUCCUCUUCUUCAUCGGCACCGUUGCCGGCCGUGCAACCGACGCCGGUCUGUUCCGCCGCGUCUACAUCCUCGGCGUCUUCCUGAGCUUGCUGGGAAUCUUCAUGACGUCGCUGUGCACUCAGUACUGGCAGCUCUUCCUGGCCCAGGGCGUCUGCACCGGCCUCGGCAACGGCCUCAUGUUCUGCCCCACCGUGGCCCUCGUCGCUACCUACUUCUCCAAGAACCGAGCCCUCGCUAUCGGGCUGACGGCCUCCGGGUCGGCCACGGGUGGGCUCAUCUACCCGUCCAUGGUCAGACAGCUGCUGCCCCAGGUCGGCUUCGGCUGGACUAUCCGCGUCCUCGGAUUCGUUUCCCUCGCAACCUCGGCCGUGACGAUUGCACUGUUCAAGGUCCGUCUUCCUCCGCGGCCGUCGGGGCCUCUAGUGGACUUGUCGGCAUUCAAGGAGCUCACCUACUGUCUCUUCUGCCUCGGCAUGUUUCUCAACUUUUGGGCGUUGUAUUUCGUCUUCUACUAUAUCAGCGCUUUUAGCCGAGAUGUCAUCGGAUUGCCGUACACGGACUCGCUCAAUCUGCUGCUCAUCCUCAACGGCGUUGGCUACAUUUCGCGCAUCAUCCCACCCUUCGUUAGCGACCGGGUUACCGGGCCCUUGAACUUGAUAAUACCAUUCGCCUUUGCGACGGGCAUCAUGCUCUUCGCGUGGUCGGGCGUGAAAUCGACGGCGGGGCUGUAUCCGUUUACGAUAGUCAUCGGCCUGACGUCGUCGGGCGUGCAGGGUCUCUUCCCGUCGGUGCUCAGCAGCCUGACGCCAGACCUCAAGAAGACGGGAACGCGGAUGGGCAUGGCCUUCUCGAUCGUGUCCUUCGCAGCGCUGACGGGGCCGCCGCUCGCGGGCGCGCUCAUCUCGGACGCCAAUGGCAGUUACCUGCACGCGCAGAUGUGGGGAGGCACGGUCCUCGUGUGCGGCAGCUUGACGUUGGUCGUGGCGAGGGUUGCGCGGACAGGACUGACGCUGAGAGCCAAGAUCUAG